AUGGCUGAAAGAACUGAGCGAGAAUUGAACGAUGCGAAGAAGGAGUUGGAAGACGCGAAGAGGGCGUUGGCGAACUUCGAGGGAGAUGUUGACGAUGAGGACAGGGGGGCUCGACGACAGGAGAAAGCAAGACUGGAGGACAAAGAGAAGAGGCUGGGGGAGGCGAAGGAGGCUCGUUUGAAGCAGGUAGAAGAACUGCAAAGAGCCCUCAUUCCAACCACAACAACUCAACCAGGUAACGACUUUGACUCGGGCGUUGGGGACAUAGAGUAG